AUGAGAUUCUCUCAUUUUUUAAAGUACAAUGCGGUCCCUGAAUGGCAGAGUCAUUACAUGAAUUACAAUGAGCUGAAAAAUCUAAUUUACACUUUGCAAACUGAUGAAUUGAAAGAUACGAUACCAGCCACACCUGAGCAAUUUGAAGCAAAAAAAGAUGAUGUCAAUGAAACGACAUUAUCUAAGAUCGGAGACCCUGGAUCUUCUUCAAAGACUAAGGAGAAAGUGAACUUCGCCACUAAAUUGAAACAAACAUUCUUCAAGAAGAAGAAGCAUGAUAACUCAAACAACGAUGUAGAGGCAGGUGAAGGGAAUGACAAUGCAGUUUAUGAAAUGGGGGACUAUUCCAAGACGUCAUCAAAACCAGUUGAUAGACUAAAAAAGCCAAAAGGUAAGUUUUUUGAAUCAGGUUCAGCUUCAAUAUCAAGUGAUGACAGGACGUUAUUUAGCUCAUAUGAUGCGUUUGUCGCCAAUUUAGAAGAUGAAAAGGUCAAAGUAGACGACUUUUAUAAGAGAAUGGAGGCAAAAUUCUAUGAAAGAUUGGACAAUUUAAUUAAAGAUUUAGAACAGGAAGGUGUCACGCAUUUAAAUGAAAGGUUUUUUCCAUCAGAACAGCUGGAAAGCCAUGGUGAUCUACCAAGUGAUGUGAAUAAUGUAUCAAAUAUCGAAUCCAUUGAAAACCGUCUUUCAACAAGAAGCAGCGAAUUGCGUAGCCGUUAUGACUUGUCGGAGGAAGACUUGGAUGAAGAUGAUGAAGUUGAUAUAUUCGAUGAAACGGCAGACAAUACUGCGUUAUUAAACUAUUCCCAAUUUAACAUUAAGUCUCAAAAAAAAUCGUUAUUGAAACAAUCUAUUGUCAAUUUGUUCAUUGACUUAUCUCAAUUGAAAUCUUUCAUUGAAUUAAAUAAAAUGGGAUUUUCAAAGAUAACAAAGAAAGGGGAUAAAGUUCUUCAUCUACAUACAAGAACUGAACUAAUUGAAUCUAACUCAUUCUAUGAAGACACAUACAUUUUCAAGCAAGAAACAUUGGAUAUACUGAACUCCAAAAUUUCUCAAUUGAUUAAAUUCUAUGCGAUAAUAAAAGGCCAACCAUCAAAUAUUGAAGGCUGUAAACAAGAAUUAAAAUCAUUUUUACAUGAUCAUAUAGUGUGGGAGAGGAGCAACACUUGGAAGGAUAUGCUAGGGCUGCUAUCACAAAAUAAAGACAUUCAAACCGAUGUAGAUGAUGCUGAAAAGCAAAAGGAGAAGGAAAAAUUAAAUAUUGAAUAUUAUAGCUGGAAUUUACCAAAACCCAUAAAUUUGAAAUAUUUCACAGUCACACAACUUUCGGUUCCCAAGUUGUUUUUCACUUGGAAAAGUUUCAAGAUUAGCUUUAUUAUAACAGUUACAGGUGUACUACUUGGUAUUAAAACGUUUAAUGAUCCGGUUGAAGGUAGAUGUAUGGCCCUAGUCGAAUGUGUGGCAUUCUUAUGGGCAAGUGAGGCUAUACCGUUGCAUGUUACAGCUCUUUUGGUGCCGCUACUUACUGUACUUUUCAAAGUUCUAAAAAAUGAUGAUGGUUCUGUUAUGGGUGCAGCCUCGGCCUCCUCUAAGAUUUUGGCUGCUAUGUGGUCAUCAACUAUUAUGAUUUUACUAGCAGGUUUCACAUUAGGUGCUGUGCUAUCUGAGUAUGAUAUUGCAAAAGUGUUAGCCUCUUGGUUACUAGCAAUGGCUGGGACCAAACCAAGAUAUGUCUUAUUGAUGGCAAUGGGAGUUGUUUUCUUUUUAUCGAUGUGGAUUUCAAAUGUGGCCUCUCCAGUUCUUACAUAUUCUUUGUUAUCUCCUUUAUUGGAUCCAUUAAGUGAGUCUUCGCCAUUUGCAAAGGCUUUAGUUAUGGGAGUAGCAUUAUCUGCAGAUAUUGGUGGUAUGGCUUCUCCGAUCUCUUCACCCCAAAAUAUUAUAUCAAUGCAAUAUUUGAAACCUUAUGGAAUAGGUUGGGGUCAAUUUUUUGCAGUUGCCUUACCAUCUGGUGUAUUGGCUAUGUUGUUUUCAUGGGGAUUGAUGUGCUUAACCUUUAAAGGUUUCAAUAAAACAAAACUAGAAAAAUUUAUACCAAUAAGGACGCGAUUCACUAUAAAACAAUAUUACAUUAUAUUUGUGACCAUUGGUACAAUUAUCUUAUGGUGUGUUGAAGGUCAAAUUGAAGGUGCAUUUGGGUCAUCAGGUCAAAUUGCAGUUUUGCCAAUGGUUUUAUUUUUUGGUACAGGUUUAUUAACUACCACACAUUUAAACACUUUUCCUUGGUCUAUUGUCAUUUUAGCCAUGGGUGGUAUUGCAUUGGGUGAAGCUGUUUCGUCCUCAGGACUGUUGGUUACUAUAGCCACAGCCCUACAAAAGAAAAUUGAAAAUGAUGGUGUCUUCGCCAUUCUUUGUAUCUUCGGUAUAUUAAUGCUAGUUGUUGGUACGUUUGUCUCUCAUACAGUCUCUGCCAUUAUUAUUAUCCCAUUGGUGCAGCAAGUGGGUGAUUCACUAGACAAUCCAAAGGCUGCACCAACCUUGGUUUUUGGAUGUGCAUUACUGGCAUCAUGUGGUAUGGGGCUGGCCAGUUCCGGUUUCCCUAACGUUACAGCAAUUUCAAUGGUAGAUAAAAAGGGUGAUAGAUACUUAACUGUGAACACGUUUAUCAGUAGAGGUAUACCUGCAUCAAUUUUGGCAUUUUUGUGUGUGAUUACAUUAGGGUAUGGUAUAAUGAUUUCUGUAUUGAAAGGUGUGCCACCCGGCACUGUUGUUGAUACAGGAAGCUAG